GAAAUGUCUGAGGUUAAGAUGUACCUGGAACCAAUCAAAAUUCAGUUCUAGAGAAUUGCGAGUCAAGUAAUGAAGCUUUUCUAACAGUUCUCUUCUAAUGAGCCAGGCUGCCGCUCUACCCCCUGGUUGAUUGAGUGUCUGCAAGCACCAGCAGCUUCUCAGACGAGAAUAAGGCAGAUGGAGCAGGACGUGGAGAGUCCCAUUUCUAUACGGCAGCCGAAGCUGCCAAAGCAAGCCCGAGAAGACCUGGUAAAGCAAAAGUGUUCCAAACGGAAAAUCCAGAGAUACGUCCGCAAGGAUGGGAAAUGCAACGUCCACCAUGGGAACGUCAGAGAGACGUAUCGCUACCUAAGUGAUAUUUUUACCACUUUGGUGGAUCUGAAGUGGAGAUUCAACCUGCUGAUAUUUGUCAUGGUGUAUACAGCAACUUGGUUAUUCUUUGGGAUGAUAUGGUGGCUUAUAGCUUAUAUACGAGGGGAUCUGGACCAUAUAGGAGAUAAAACAUGGAGUCCCUGUGUGGACAACCUUAACGGAUUUGUAUCGGCUUUUUUAUUCUCCAUAGAAACCGAGACCACUAUUGGAUACGGGUAUAGAGUUAUCACAGACAAGUGUCCCGAGGGAAUCAUACUUCUUUUGGUCCAGUCCGUUUUAGGGUCGAUUGUGAACGCCUUUAUGGUUGGCUGCAUGUUUGUAAAGAUAUCGCAACCUAAGAAGAGGGCAGAGACGUUGGUCUUCUCUACCAAUGCUGUCGUGUCCAUGCGGGAUGGGAAACUCUGUCUGAUGUUCCGAGUGGGGGACCUUAGAAACUCGCACAUCGUGGAGGCAUCAAUAAGAGCCAAGCUAAUCAAAUCCAAACAGACAAAAGAGGGGGAGUUUAUACCAUUGAACCAGACAGAUAUCAAUGUUGGAUAUGAUACUGGGGAUGAUCGACUUUUUUUGGUGUCCCCGCUAAUCAUUAGCCAUGAAAUCAACCAACACAGUCCCUUCUGGGAUAUAUCAAAAGCUCAACUACCAAAGGAAGAUUUGGAGAUUGUGGUCAUUCUGGAAGGCAUGGUAGAAGCUACAGGUAUGACCUGCCAAGCUCGGAGCUCCUACGUCACUUCUGAAAUCUUGUGGGGCCACCGGUUCACACCGGUCCUGACGCUGGAGGAUGGCUUUUACGAAGUUGACUACAACAGCUUUCACGACACUUACGAGACGAACACGCCGUCUUGCAGUGCCAAAGAGCUGGCCGAAAAACUCAGCCGGGCAGAGAUGCCCCUGAGCUGGUCCGUUUCCAGCAAGCUCAACCAACACGCAGACGUGGAAAACGAGGCCACGGAGAAGAACCACGAAGACCAGCCAGAGCGAAACGGGGACGUGGCAAACAUAGAGAGCGAAUCCAAGGUGUAACACUAUCGCAAGCUGGCUCUUCUCGGCUAAACCAUGGUGGUUGGUGUGAAUUCCCACUCCAAGGAGGCGAAUUGGAUUACCUGCACCGUAAAACUAGGUGUGCUAAACUGCAGUACAUUCAGCAUGUAAUAAACAUACAUGCCCAUCAAGCUUGUAUUGCAGACGAACAUAUGCAUGUAUUUUUCUUCCUGCUUUGUAAGCCAACGGCACGUAUCAGGCAGUGAAAUCGGACAAUGGAAGCAAGGGGUGGUUGGCCAACAGGAUAUUGUGUUCCGAUAAAACGGAGCGUCGAGGCCAAGAUAAACAACAUACUGUACAUACGCCUUACGUCACAUUCAACUCUUAUCACUGGUACUAUGCCCAGCACGUAAAAAUGGAUCGUGAAAUAAGCUUCAAGCAUCAUGUACAUAGGCGUGUAAUUAAUAUAGAUCUAGCGACAUCAUUCUAGGAUUAAGAGAACGCAAAAAAAAAACCCAAAAAAACAAUUCUUCCUUCCGAAAAUAUCUAUAUAUA